AUGUCGCUCACGGAGUCCGUGGCGGCAAUGGCGACUGCCAUUACUGUUGCGAACCAUCAUGGAACAAACAAUGGAACGGACGAUGAUGGACCCGGACGGAAAUGGGACGAUCAACUCAAGGGAGACCUAUAUACACAGCUCGUCAUCAGCUUGGCGUUAGGAAUAACUGCGUUUCUAUCUUUUUGUUUUUUGCGGCCCAAAUGGACAGAGUUAUACGCGGCUCGAAGGCGACAACGUCGCGCCGCACUAUAUUUACCAGAACUUCCCGAUAGCUUUUUCGGAUGGAUUCCAGUGCUGUGGAAGAUAACGGAGGAACAAGUUUUACAGUCCGCUGGGUUGGAUGCCUUUGUUUUUCUCUCCUUCUUCCGCUUCGCGAUUAGAUUCACGUCUACAGUGUUCAUUUUGGCCUUCGUGGUUCUUCUGCCAAUCCAUUACAGCUACACGAAGAAGCUAGGUAUUCCAGACUGGGAUAAAAGCAUUGAUGUCGGCGAGGACGGGAAGAAGAAAUUCAUUGACGACCCGCCGUAUCUAUGGACGUACGUCGUGUUUACGUACAUCUUUACUGGCCUUGCCAUUUUCAUGUUGUUCCAAGAGACGAAGAAAAUCAUCCAAACGAGACAGAAAUACCUGGGCAGCCAGACGAGUACGACUGAUCGGACGAUACGAUUAUCAGGUAUCCCGGCUGAGAUGGGAUCUGAAGAGAAUAUCAGGGAAUUUAUUGAAGGCUUGCACAUCGGAGAGGUUGAAAGUAUUACGCUAUGCCGUAAUUGGAGCUCUUUGGACCAUCUGAUUGAGGAGCGACUUAAAGUGCUACGGAAUUUGGAAACAUCUUGGGUUCAGUACCUUGGCUACAAGCGAGUCAGGAAAUCUGGCGACACUUUGCCUUUGAGACGCCAGCCAAUAGAUUCCAGUAUUUUCUCUGAGGACGACGAAAGGAUGCGCCUUUUGCUGGAAAACGGACAAGAUGACGCAUUUGAUCGGUCUAGGAAAAGACCAAUGGUGCGUCUAUGGUAUGGUCCGCUGAAGCUACGGUACCGGAAGGUUGAUGCUAUUGACUACUACGAAGAGAGACUCCGGAGGCUUGAUGAGGAAAUUCAGAGCGCUCGUCAGAAGGAAUAUCCGCCUACUGAGCUCGCGUUUGUGACCAUGAAAUCAAUAGCUGCGGCGCAGAUGCUCGUUCAGGCUAUACUUGAUCCUCAUCCGAUGAAGCUCCUUGCCAGAUUGGCCCCGGCCCCGGCGGAUGUGAUUUGGAAAAACACCUAUUUACCGCGUGCUCGGCGCAUGUUUCAGUCAUGGUCUAUUACUGUAUUAAUCUGCUUCCUAUCUGUGUUCUGGUCCGUGUUACUUGUGCCUGUUGGUACACUGCUUAAAUGGGAGACACUCCACAAGGUCUUGCCUCAACUGGCCGACGCUUUGGCUCGGCACCCUCUCGUCAAAUCACUUGUCACCACUGGUCUUCCUACCUUGGCCUUCUCUCUCUUGACUGUUGCUGUUCCCUACUUGUAUAAUUGGCUUUCGAACCACCAGGGAAUGAUGUCUCGAGGCGACAUCGAACUUUCCGUUAUCUCGAAGAAUUUCUUCUUCUCGUUCUUCAAUCUAUUCGUCAUAUUCACUGUCAUCGGCACUGCAACGAAUUUCUACGGUCUCUGGGAGCAUCUUCGGGACUCCUUCAAAGAUGCAACCACUAUCGCGACGGCUCUCGCCAAUUCGCUAGAAAACCUUGCUCCAUUUUACAUGAACGUCUUUGUUCUUCAGGGUCUAGGCUUGUUCCCACUCAAACUCCUUGAGGUCGGAAGCGUAUUUCUGUACCCUAUUAAUUACUUGAUGGCCAAAACGCCUCGAGAUUAUGCCGAGCUCUCCACAACAGCUACAUUCAGCUACGGAUAUUCGAUUCCACAAUCGAUACUGAUACUGGUCAUCUGUGUGAUUUACGGCGUAUUCCCAGCAUCUUGGCUGAUUUGCUUCUUUGGGCUGGUCUACUUCACAAUUGGUAACUUUAUCUACAAGUAUCAGCUCCUAUAUGCGAUGGACCAUCGACAGCACUCUACAGGACGAGCAUGGCCCAUGAUAUGCAACCGUGUCCUAGUGGGUCUGGUAGUGUUCCAACUUGCUAUGGCAGGCACUCUUGGUUUGCGCAAAGCAAUUACCUUGGCGCUGCUCAUUGUGCCCCUGAUCGGAGCCACAGUGUGGUUCAGCUACUUCUAUUCUCAGAGCUAUGAGCCGUUGACCAAAUUUAUUGCUCUAAAAAGCAUUUAUCGCGACACACCGACAUCUGGUGAUAUCUCUCCCUCUACAACUUCGACGUUCUCACCGCCUCUUGCUCUCGACCGUGAUGCGUUCCCAAUCCGACUAGGAGGGCAAGUGCUAGGACUCAAACUGAAGAGAUACGUCAACCCCAGUCUCAUUUUACCUCUAGACAGUGCUUGGCUCCCAGGACGCAAUCCAAUGCCAGAGCUUCAAGAGGACUUCGAGUACUACGAGGAUCAGAACCACGUUUCGGUGUAA